UUGUGCGUGUGUUUGUGUUUUUAUGUGCACGUGUCAUCGGUGAGCGUGUGCGCCUUCCGCCGCUGCCAAUUUCAGUUUACCGCACCGUUUUCCUUGUCUUGUGCCAGAAUUGUAUAAACAGUGAUAUCUGUCAACCGUCUGGGUGACUGCUUUUGUUAUGAUGAAUUUUCCUGACCAGUGACCAAACACUACGAAAGUGGCGUGUCGUGUAUUGCUUUUGUAUCUGUUCCAGCGCCACUCUCCCAUCUUCCGCCUUAUUCUCACCGCACCGUUUUCCUUAUCUUGUGCCAGAAUUGUUUAAACAGUGAUAUCUGUCAACCGUCUUGGUGACUGCCUUUGUUUUGGAUGAAUUUACCCGACCAGUGACCAAACACAACGAAAGUGGCGUGUCGUGUAUUGCCUUUGUAUCUGUCCCAGCGCCACUCUCCCAUCUUCCGCCUUAUCCUCACCCACAAUGGGACCAAGAAAACAGAUUAGUGCAUCUCAGAUCUCAACAAUAUGUGCGUUGGUGAAUAAGAACAAAUCUAAUAAGGAAAUAGCGAUAAACUUAGGACUGACACUGAGAACUGUUCAGCGUUGGACUAAAAAAUACCGUGCUAGUGGAUCCGGCGACCCACCACCUAAACACAAGCCAUCGGGGCCGAAACCGAAGUUAAGCCAGAGGACUUUGAGUAUUAUCAGCAGGCAGAUUGAAGCCCAGCCUUGUAUAUCAAGUCGGGAAAUUAAGGAAAGGAACCCGCAGCUGCUAGGAGGAGUUUC